AUGACAGAAGAAGUACCAUAUCAACCGAUACAGUCUACGAAUUCUGAAUGUGAACCUGAAGAAAUUCAACCUCAUAUUGAAAAAUCAACUACAGAAUCAACAUCAUUGCUGCCAUCAUCGCCAACCAACCAGAAUCCGCGGGUGUUUGCUCCACUCAAUACACCAUUAUAUCGUCGUCGACAAACAUUGACGAUUCUCGUUUGGUGGCUCUUGCCAUGGACUUGUCUCUACAUAUCAUUGCUCUGUCUUCGUUCGAGUAAUCCAUAUAUAUUUUACGGCGUUAUAGCAUAUAUAGUAUGGAUGGCUUUGUUUCGAAAUUUUACGCGACGAGGUGGCCUUAGACAACAAUGGCUUCGUCGACUCGCGUGGUGGAAAUGGUUUGCUGAGUAUUUUCCAAUUCGUCUACAUAAAACUUGCGAUUUGCCACCUGAUCGUUCGUACAUAUUCGGUUGUCAUCCACAUGGUAUCAUUUCAUUAGGUGCCUUUGGUAAUUUUGCCACUGAAGCUACCGGUUUCGAACAAAAAUUUCCUGGUAUCAAUCUUCGUUUGCUCACACUAAAUUCAAAUUUUCGGUUUCCAUUUUAUGAUCUUUAUUUAUCGAUGAUGGGUCUAUGCGAUGCAUCCAAAGAAUCAUGCAAUUAUAUUCUAAAGCAAGGCAAUGGUAAUUCGUUGAUGUUAAUUUUGGGUGGCGCUAAAGAAGCAUUGGAUGCUCGACCAUCCGAUGAAUACAUUUUGACACUUAAAAAUCGUAAAGGUUUCGUCAAAAUCGGUCUAAUCAAUGGUGCAAGCCUUGUACCUGUAUUUUCAUUCGGGGAAAAUGAUCUAUACGAACAAGUGUCUAAUCCACGUGGUUCAAAAAUUCGACAUUUACAAAAUUAUUUACAAAAAAAAAUGGGCUAUUCAUUACCUUUAUUCAAUGGACGUGGUGUGUUUCAAUAUGCAAUUGGAUUUUUACCUAAUCGACGUCCAAUCGAUACGUAUGUUGGUGCGCCGAUUACUUUACCGAAAUUAGAAUCAGAUAAAAUAACACCUGAUAUUGUCGACCAAUAUCAUAAGCAAUACAUGGACGCAUUGACACAACUAUUUGAUACAUACAAGGCAAAUCAUGGUCAAGCCAGUGCAAAAAUCAUAUAUGCCGAUGACGAUGAGAAAUAG